UGCCAUUUACUGAGCCCACCAUGUUUUACUGAGGAGGAUAAAUACAGUCUGGAAGCUCUCUGUACAAUUCAUAAACAGAUGGAUGAUGACAAAGAUGGUGGCAUUGAAGUAGAGGAAAGUGAUGAGUUUAUCAGAGAAGAUAUGAAAUAUAAAGAUGCAUCUAAUAAACACAGCCACCUGCACAGAGAAGACAAGCACAUCACUAUUGAAGAUUUGUGGAAACGCUGGAAAACAUCAGAGGUUCACAACUGGACGCAAGAAGAGACGCUUCAGUGGUUGGUGGAAUUUGUUGAACUUCCUCAGUAUGAGAAGAAUUUCAGAGAAAAUAAUGUUAAAGGAACCACAUUGCCAAGGAUAGCAGUUAAUGAGCCUGCAUUUAUGAUCUCACAGUUGAAAAUUAUUGAUCGGAGCCACAGGCAGAAACUUCAGCUGAAGGCCUUGGAUGUGGUUUUAUUUGGGCCUCUUACACGCCCGCCCCACAAUUGGAUGAAAGAUUUCAUACUCACAAUCUCUAUAGUGAUUGGUAUCGGAGGUUGCUGGUUUGCAUAUACACAGAACAGGACUUCAAAAGAGCACAUUACCAAAAUGAUGAAAGAUUUGGAAAGCCUUCAGACGGCAGAACAGAGUCUUUGUGAAUUACAAGAAAGGCUUGAAAAAGCACAGGAAGAGAAUCGAACAGUUGCUGUAGAAAAACAGAACUUAGAGCGCAAGAUGAUGGAUGAAAUCAGCGAUGCAAAACGAGAAGCCUGUCGGCUAAGAGAGUUAAGGGAAGGAGCUGAAUGUGAACUCAGCAGACUUAAAUACGCAGAAGAGGAGCUAGUGCAGGUCCGUAUGGCCUUAAAAAAGGCUGAGAAGGAAUUUGAAUUGCGAAGUAAUUGGUCUAUUCCAGAUGCACUGCAGAAAUGGCUCCAGCUAACACAUGAAGUGGAAGUCCAGUACUAUAAUAUUAAGAGACAAAAUGCAGAAAUGCAGCUAGCAAUUGCCAAGGAAGAGGCAGAAAAGAUUAAAAAGAAGAGAAAUACUGUAUUUGGAACAUUACAUGUUGCACACAGCUCUUCACUUGAUGAAGUGGACCAUAAGAUUCUGGAAGCAAAGAAAGCACUUUCUGAAUUAACCACCUGUUUGCGAGAACGACUCUAUCGAUGGCAACAGAUUGAGAAGAUCUGUGGCUUCCAAAUAGCACAUAACUCAGGACUACCAAGUCUGACUUCAUCCCUCUAUUCUGAUCAUAGCUGGGUGGUAAUGCCACGAGUUUCCAUUCCACCAUAUCCCAUUGCAGGGGGAGUAGAUGACCUUGAUGAAGAUACUCCUCCAAUUGUUUCCCAGUUUCAUGGGUCUGUUGUAAAAACCAGCACCCUAGCAAGGAGUAGCAGCAUGUGUCGCUCCAGGCGAAACGUUGUGCCGUCGUCACCUCAGUUGCAACACACAGCACAAACACAACAUGCUGCCCAUAUGCAAACUGCACUGCACUCUGCAGACCCAGACAUCCUUUCAGUGUCCAGUUGCCCUGCUGCUUACCGUACCGAAGAGGAGGAGGAGGCCAUUUACUUCACUGCUGACAAGCAAUGGGAAGUUCAGGACACAGGUUCUGAAUGUGACUCCUUCAAUUCUUCAGUUGGAAGGAAACAAUCUCCCCCUUCAAGCCUUGAAAUAUAUCAACCCCUGUCACCUCAAAAAGUAUCCCGGGAGGACCUCUCCUUAGAACAGUCGUCUACUGGAGACUCUUCCUCCCUAACAGCCGAUAUUUCCAGGGGUUCUCCAGACUGUGUUGGGCUGACAGAAACUAAAAGUAUGAUCUUUAGUCCUGCAAGCAAGGUGUACAAUGGCAUUCUGGAGAAGUCCUGCAGCAUGAACCAGCUCUCCAGCAGCGGUCCUGUCCCCAAGCCUCGGCACACCUCAUGUUCAUCCACCAGCAGCGAAAGCAGAGCAGGACACGAACCUUCUCCUGUCUCCCGGAUAAGUAGCAUUUCACAAGACCUCUGUCAGAAUGGAGAACGAAACAAAAAAUCAUCCAGAAUCAAGAGCCUUUUCAAGAAGAAAUCAAAAUAAGGCUGCUGGAGGAAACAUUCAACCACAGCAUCAUGUGACUUUGUGGUCACAGUUAUUAUUAUUUAAAUUAAGAAUGUAGUAGAGUUUUCUAGGCUUCAGUGCCACAGCAAGAAAACCUCUUAGGUCAACUCUUUUUCUGUUUUAAAGUCAACUUGCAUCAGCUGUCAAUGAGAAAUUUUCAAUUUCAAGACAGUUUGCAGUCAUUUGUCUAUUUAUUUCUGCUUUUUUUUUUUAGUUUAUAUAUAAAACUUUUUUAAAUUAAAAAAAAAACCACAGCAACACUUUAACACAAGCUUUAACGGACUUGUAAGCCUGCAUGGGCUUGCCAAUUUUUCUUCCCUUGUUUACCAGAGCAUCUUCUUAUCUUUCCAUAGAAGCUAUGGCAUUGUGUACUGGACAUACGUAACUUUUGAAUGAAAUAUAACUACUUAAAUUGCACUACUGUUUUCCUGACUGGAAAGUAUCUUUGCAAGUGAAACUGUUUAAACUGUAAAAUAAAGGAAGAGAUGGGUUGGUUCACUGUUAUUUUUUAGGUUGUUUUUAUGUAGAAACUAGCAUUUCUAACUGUUAAUUUCUGGAACUGGAACCUCAUUUAAAUGCAUUUAUUGACCUAAUGGAUUGGGUCCUGUUGUAAAGAUCAUGAUUAUCCAGAGUGUUCACUGUGAUUUUAUGGCAUUGCGCAGGCUGUCUGGAUAGGAAAUAUGUAUCAAGAGAAGGGGCUCCUUAUUCCACAUUCAAAUGAUAAAAUGUCAAUCCUUGACCAUGAAGGACAUUCACAAACCUAAGCCUGGGAUAGGGACAAAUGUGGGCCCUUGUUUACAUACUUUGACAGUGAAAGGAUGAUUGAUUUGUGAAUAUUUGUACUGUGGCAAAGAUAAUAAAUGGAAAGUCCUAUU